GUGUUGCUGCUACUGCUUUACUAAGUAGUAUCAUACUCACUGCUUGCGUUGUUGGCCCAUCCAAACUUUUUACUUGAAAUGCAAACAAGAAAGAUAAGGUCGCUAGAUAGAAAGAUUUCACAGUUUAUUCAGCUCCGUAUGCCAAAAUGCUAGAAUUAUGGAAAUAGCAAAUAUUCGUUCUGAUCCUAUUAAUCUUCAGAGAAGUAAUAUUAUGCUCGAGUCAAUAACUCGUAUGCCCUUUUUUUCCUAUUGACGCUCCAGUUUUGUUAUCUCUUUGAAAACAUGUCCUUUAGAAUUUUCUGUGCAAAGAGGUUACAAUCCAUGCCACUGUAACUUGCAGGUGACACUGAGCCUAUGAAAAUGUUUGAGCGAACGGCAAAUCUGUUGAACAAUCAAAUCAUCAAUUACUGCUAUGAUCCUUCCGAGAAAUGGCUUGUUUUGAUUGGCAUUGCUCCUGGUGCACCUGAGAGGCCACAACUUGUUAAGGGGAACAUGCAACUGUUUUCCGUAUACCAGCAACGUAGUCAAGCUUUAGAAGCACAUGCUGCAGCCUUUGCAACGUUUAAAGUUGCUGGAAAUGAGAAUCCUUCUACUCUUAUUUGCUUCGCAUCAAAGACCAUGAAUGCUGGUCAAAUUAUUUCUAAGUUGCAUGUCAUCGAACUCGGUGCUCAGCCAGGUCAUUGCUUAUUUCAGAAACAGCAGAUGAUGAGAGUAUUAGCGUGUUGGAAGUACCUAGCUAGUGCAUGAAGGCAAUAUGACGUUAGAAGAUUUCCUCACCCCAACUGAGAUGAAAGAUCAACUCACAAACCUUGCUAGAGUAGGAGAGCUGGUUGCUGCUAUUUAUUUAUUUAUAUUCAAAACCAUUUUCAAUUUAUUGUAAUAAAUAUUAUAUUUUUUUAUUGUCUAGUAAUAUAAAUUUUGUUUAAUAUUCAGUUUUAUUUGUAUG